GGGGGGUAAAGGCUGUUUGGACACGGCAGAUCUCUUGUUUAAGUGCCUGUCAAACUGUCCCCUGGCUUGGAUGCGACUGAGCCGUGUGACAGCACCUCUCCAUUGUGCAGACUGCUGCGCAGAUUUGGCGUAAACAACACUACAGAAAGAAAAUGACCCACUGGUUUCAUCGCAACCCUUUGAAGGCUACAGCUCCUGUUUCAUUUAAUUUUUAUGGGGUAGCUACCACUCCAGCUGCAACAAAGGUUUGCAAUGAUUUGAGGUUAUCUCGAACGCGACUAUUGGAGCUGUUUACAGACUCGAGUUGUAAUCCAGAAAUGAUGAAGAAUGCAACUGACUUGUACUUCUCACUCUUGCAAGGUUUUAUCCUUUCACUGGAUGACUCUUCCCAAGAAUGCAAGUUGAGAUAUAUUCAGAAUUUCAAGUGGACAGACACAUUACAAGGACAAGUUCCAAGUGCCCAGCAGGAUGCAGUGUUUGAACUGGUUUCCAUGGGAUUUAAUGUAGCUCUGUGGUACACAAAAUAUGCAUCAAGACUCGCUGGAAAAGAAGAUAUAACAGAAGAUGAAGCAAAAGAUGUUCACAGAAGCCUGAAGAUAGCAGCUGGGAUUUUUAAACACUUGAAGGAAAGUCACAUUCCAAAAUUGAUUACACCUGUAGAAAAGGGAAGAGAUUUAGAAGCUCGACUUGUAGACUCUUACAUCGUACAGUGCCAAGCUGAAGCUCAAGAAGUGACAAUUGCUCGGGCUAUUGAGCUGAAACACAAUCCAGGACUAAUAGCUGCUCUUGCUUAUGAAACAGCUAACUUCUACCAAAAAGCUGAUCAAACAUUAUCCAGUUUGGAUCCAACCUAUGCAGGUAAAUGGAGGAAGUACUUAAACUUGAAGACCUGUUUCUAUAUGGCCUAUGCAUACUGUUACCAUGGUCAGACUUUACUGGCGAGUGAUAAAUGUGGGGAAGCAAUCAGAUCUCUGCAGGAAUCAGAAAAAUUUUUUGCCAAGGCUGAAGCAUUGUGCAAAGAAUAUGGAGAAACCAAAGGGCCCGGGACUACUGCCAAACCUUCUGGACAUCUCUUCUUUAGGAAAUUAGGAAGUUUGAUUAAGAACACACUAGAAAAAUGCCAGAGAGAGAAUGGAUUCAUCUAUUUUCAGAAGGUGCCAGCAGAGGCUCCCCAGCUGGAACUGAAAGCAAACUAUGGCUUAGUAGAGCCUGUUCCUUUUGAAUUUCCUGCCUUGAAUGCACACUGGACUCCUGAAACACUUGCGGCAUUUGAUCUCACCAAGAGGCCAAAGGAUGACACUGCUAAACCAAAACCAGAUGAAGAAGUAAAACCUCUGAAGGAACCAGAUAUAAAGCCUCAAAAAGACAGUGGAUGCCAGAUUUCUUAAGUGCCAUAAGUGCUUUGAAUUCACUUUGAAACUGUAUUAAUUGGACUCUGGGGCUUUAGUUCUGAUCUCCCUUUUUCUGAUUCUUCUUUUUUAAUUUAGAAGACUAAUUUAAUUUACUUUUGUUAUUAUGCGUCUAUCUUGCUUGAGAAUGUGGUGGAUUUCUAAGAGUU